UCAGGCUGCGGCUGCGGCUGCGGCUGGAGUGGUGUACUUCUGAGGAGCGAGGCCAAGGCCUGGGCCCAGCCCGGAGCCGCUGCCCGACCCGAGCCUCCUGGAGCCCCCUCGCCGGCUGAUCUUAGGGGUGGGCUCGGGCUCGGCCCGCCGCCGCACGCAGGACCGAGACUGCAUGCCGGAGGACCAGGCCCACGCAGCCAUGGAGGAAGCAUCUCCCUAUUCCUUACUUGACAUCUGUUUGAGUUUCCUGACCACUAACCUUGAGAAGUUCUGUUCAGCAAGACAAGACGGAACGCUGUGUCUGCAGGAACCCGGAGUAUUUCCACAGGAGGUGGCUGACCGACUGCUUCAGACCAUGGCAUUUCAUGGUCUGCUGAAUGAUGGAACUGUGGGAAUUUUCAGGGGUAAUCAGAUGCGCCUAAAGCGAGCUUGCAUUCGCAAAGCAAAGAUUUCCGCUGUUGCUUUCCGGAAAGCCUUCUGCCACCAUAAGUUAGUAGAACUUGAUGCCACGGGUGUGAACGCCGACAUCACUAUCACAGACAUCAUAAGUGGCCUUGGCAGUAACAAGUGGAUCCAGCAAAAUCUUCAGUGCUUAGUACUAAACUCAUUAACUUUGUCCCUCGAGGAUCCGUAUGAGCGGUGUUUCAGCCGACUUUCUGGUCUUCGAGCUCUGAGCAUCACUAAUGUCCUCUUCUACAAUGAAGAUCUGGCUGAAGUUGCUUCCUUGCCUAGACUGGAAAGCCUGGAUAUUUCUAACACCUCAAUCACAGAUAUCACUGCCCUGCUGGCCUGCAAAGACCGACUCAAGUCUCUCACCAUGCACCAUUUGAAAUGUUUAAAAAUGACUACUACCCAGAUCCUUGAUGUUGUUCGGGAACUAAGACAUCUGAAUCAUCUUGACAUCUCAGAUGAUAAACAGUUCACAUCAGACAUAGCCCUGCGACUGUUAGAGCAAAAGGACAUUUUGCCUAAUCUUGUCUCCCUGGAUGUUUCAGGGAGGAAGCAUGUGACAGACAAAGCUGUUGAAGCCUUUAUACAGCAGCGGCCCAGCAUGCAGUUUGUAGGUUUGCUGGCCACAGAUGCUGGUUACUCUGAAUUCCUUACGGGCAAAGGACAUUUGAAGGUGUCUGGAGAAGCCAACGAGACUCAGAUUGCAGAAGCAUUAAGGCGGUACAGCGAAAGGGCGUUUUUUGUCCGGGAAGCUUUGUUUCAUCUUUUUAGUUUGACUCACGUGAUGGAAAAAACAAAGCCAGAAAUCUUAAAGCUUGUGGUUACUGGGAUGAGAAACCAUCCUAUGAAUUUGCCUGUGCAACUGGCUGCAAGUGCCUGUGUGUUUAACUUAACUAAGCAGGACCUUGCUUUAGGCAUGCCUGUCCGGCUCCUCGCUGACGUAACCCAUUUGCUGCUCAAGGCCAUGGAACAUUUUCCUAAUCACCAGCAGUUACAGAAGAAUUGCCUCCUCUCACUUUGUAGUGACCGAAUUCUUCAAGAUGUUCCAUUUAACAGGUUUGAUGCAGCCAAGCUUGUCAUGCAGUGGCUUUGCAACCAUGAAGAUCAAAACAUGCAAAGAAUGGCAGUUGCCAUCAUUUCCAUCCUGGCUGCUAAGCUCUCUACAGAACAAACCGCACAGCUUGGUGCUGAGCUCUUCAUUGUCCGACAACUUCUUCAAAUAGUGAAGCAGAAAACUAAUCAAAAUUCAGUGGAUACUACAUUGAAAUUUACUUUGAGUGCACUCUGGAACCUCACAGAUGAAUCCCCAACAACAUGCAGACACUUCAUUGAAAAUCAAGGGUUAGAGCUCUUCAUGAGAGUUCUAGAGUCUUUCCCAACUGAGUCAUCCAUUCAACAAAAAGUUCUAGGUCUUUUGAACAAUAUAGCUGAAGUACAAGAGCUCCAUUCUGAACUAAUGUGGAAGGAUUUCAUAGACCAUAUCAGCAGUCUCCUGCACAGUGUGGAAGUAGAAGUCAGUUACUUUGCAGCUGGGAUUAUCGCCCACUUAAUAUCCAGAGGUGAACAAGCGUGGACCUUGAGCCGUAGCCAGAGGAAUUCUCUUCUUGAUGAUUUGCAUUCAGCUAUUUUGAAAUGGCCAACUCCAGAGUGUGAGAUGGUAGCAUACAGGUCCUUUAAUCCAUUUUUCCCACUGCUUGGCUGUUUUACAACACCGGGAGUCCAGCUGUGGGCAGUUUGGGCCAUGCAACAUGUUUGCAGCAAGAACCCUUCAAGGUAUUGCAGCAUGCUGAUUGAAGAAGGAGGACUGCAGCAUUUGUACAACAUCAAAGAGCAUGAGCAGACAGACCCCUACGUCCAGCAGAUUGCUGUAGCCAUUCUGGACAGUUUAGAAAAGCACAUUGUGCGCCAUGGGAGGCCCCCUCCCUGUAAAAAGCAGCCUCAGGCCCGACUAAAUUGAUAGCCAUAGAUAGUUAGAAAUGAACAGUGGAAAUCAUUUUUGUGGUGGUUCAUUGGAAUGGUGUGCUCUCUGGUGUGGGGUGUCUGUGAUAAGAGUCCUGUGAUCCAUCUGGGCUUGGUAAUGUACAGUCUGAUUUGUUCUGUGAUUUUUAACUUAGGAGGAGAAAGGUCUUCCUUCAUUAUUGUCUUUUAGGAAAUCUUUCAUGUUUGAACUUAACCUGUGCUUGAGAUUCUACAGUCUUAUGAUAAAUUGCACGAACCCUUAGGCCAGACUUCUCUCGAGCCCUUCCAGGUAAUUUGCAGUGUGAGCAGGGCUGCUGACGCAACAUCAGCACUGUUCGAUUGUAAGAUUUAUUACGCUUCUGUAAAAAUGCCUUCAUUCUCUGUGUGUCUUCCACAAGAUGCACUUGUUUGUAUGAGUGGAAAGCUCUCUGGAAAGCUCUGCUGUUUGGAGCCUGGAUGGCAGUUAAAGGAAAACGAAAGAGAAGCUGUGGAAGAAGAACUGUGUUGAAGAGGAAUUAGACAUUGCUUUUUCAGCUCUGAGAAUGGACAGGUUUUCCUUGAGCCCCUCUCCCAAGGCCGGGAGCAGGAGCUGUUCUCCAAGCUGAAGGCUGGGAGCGUGGACUCUUUCUGCAGGCUACUCUAGAACUACUCGCCCAGUUACACAGUGUAGCGUCACAGCGUAGCAUGUCAAAGCCUCUCGGAGACACUGGCUGUCAUGCUGUAAGAGUGCGGUUUUUUAAAUGUCGCUGGUUAAGCUGCCUGUUUUACCCCUUCUUUUCCAAAGUCAUUUUUAUUCAGUGGAGUAGACUAUUUACAGAGUUAACUUGCUUAGUUAAAAUACAAUUGACAGGGGCUGGAGAGAUAGCUCAGAAGUUAAGAGCAUUGCCUGCUCUUCCAAAGGUCCUGAGUUCAAUCCCCAGCAACCACAUGGUGGCUCACAACCAUCUGUAAUGAGGUUUGGUGCCCUCUUCUGGCCUGCAGGCAUACACACAGACAGAAUAUUGUAUACAUAAUAAAUAAAUAAAUAAAUAUUUUAAAAAAUACAAUUGACAACAGAAAAAUUGCUAUAAAAAUUUAACCUUGAGUUGGGGUGUGGCUCAGUGGUAGAGUGUGUUCUUAGCAUGUGUGGAUUCAAUACCCAGCACUACAUACAGAAAUGUUAAUUUUCUCUCUUCUGAUAAAAUAUGGUUAUCUGUUAGCAUAAAUGGCUCAUACCUGUACUCACUCAGGAGACUGAGAUAGGGGGAGGAUGCCAUGAGUUUGAGGCCAAUCUGUGUCAGAGAGACAGUUAGUGUAUCUUCAUUAUGUGUUCAUGUUAGAAAAAGAUGUCCACAUCUCACUUCAAAUGUGCAGGAGAAGAAGAGGCUGCUAAAUGGUUACACGUGCUGCCGAGUGGGUAAAAGGUAAAAGGAAAGUUUUUGAUGGACAUCAUUUAGACAGUUGCCUGUCCUUUAAGGUGGUUGAUAUAAUGAAGACUCAGUUAUUGUCCUACAAACCUGGGAUAUGUCAAGUUACCAACAAACUUAAUUUCCAUUUUAAGAUGGGAAUAGUGGAGACCUAUAAUCCAGUAAUCACCAGGGUGAGACAGAAAGAACUAAAAGUUAGAGAUGAACUUAGGCUACAGAGUAGCAAGCCCACCUGGGCCAUAGAGAGAAACUGUUUCUCACAAAACAGAGCAAAUUUUUAAUUUUAAGGAAGCUUGGCAGCACUUGCCCGUAAUCUAAAGCAUCACAGAGCAGGUGGCAUGAUAGCGAGGCCCAUCCCAAACAAGUACAGCAACAGCUCGUUCUGCGAACGGGCUGAACCUGAAAGUUCUUCUGACCACAUUUUAUUCCUACCCAUCUAAAAUGCUUUCAAUAGAACUUUAAAAUGAUAUUUUUAAAUAACUCACAAAUAUUUCAGUGUAGAGGGGAGCUAGUUUAAGCUGGGCAUGGGGGCUUGUAAUGUAGAAUAUGAAGGUGAGAGGAUUGUGAGUUCUAAGCCAGCCUGGGCUACAUGAGAGUCCCUGUCUAUAAAACAAACAAACAAACCGACAAGCUGAUUGACGCAUUAGUCUGCUUUUAACAUGUCUGACUCACGUUUAUACUGCUGUCACACUUCAGACUUGAAUGUUUAGGGCUUCAUUUGUAGGAAUGAAUACUGAAUCAAACUAAAAGAAAACAAAUACACAGAAUUAUCAAAAAGCCAUAUAAAACAAUGGUUUAAUUCUUACUUCAUUGGUUCCAGGGAUUUUUAGAGCCAUAACAUACAUUUUUGCCUGAAAUGGUUGCUCAAACCUAUGGUUGCCACUGGAGAGAGAGGAUUGUUGAAAGUUUGAGGCUAGCCUGGGCUACAUAGUGAUGCUUGUCUCAACAGCCUCCAUCACAAAAAGAUGCAUUUUUCAUAGUUAAUCAUAUUUUAGAGAAAAAUUCUGUCAAAGGAGUUUUGCUUUUUGUUAACAUUUUACCCCCAAUUUUAAUGUCUAAAAUUAAAAUUUUGACAGCAGGAUAUUCUGCAGUAAAUCACAAGUUGGUGCUAUUGACCAGCCAGGUCUACCUAGUAUGCUUGGGGAGAGCCUAUUUGAGAACUUUGCCUUCAGAUGUCAGGACAAGAGUGCAUGUUCCUAUAGACCAAUACUAAACUGUCUGCUUUACUAAUCUUUAGAAUAAGAGGUCAGCUGUGGUGGCAUAUGCCUGUAAUCCCAAUAUCACCAGCUGCAUAGCAAAUUCAAAACCCUGUCUCAAGAAGCAGAACAAGAAUAGCCAAAACUACAGAAUUUUUCACAGUAACCUGAUACAUGAAGACUCAAGUACAUUUCAAUUUAUAUUUCACAGGUCAGUCAAGACUUCAUUCCAGACCUAAACAAAAACUGUUCACAUCCCAAAUAUAUCAAGAUGUUAGCACCUCUGUGCUUUUGAUUUUUGGUUGUUGGGGAGUGGUGUGUUUUUGUUUUUGAGAUAGCGUCUCACUAAGUAUAGACACAGGGCUGUGGUCCACUUUGAUCCCACUCAGCUGACAGUUCUGAGUAAGUGCUAAGAUUCCAGGCACGUGCUACUGUGUCUGGCUCUGGGAUGGUUCCGAAAGCUGACAUUAAGACAGAAUUUUCAAUUCUAAUUGAAAAUCGCUGAAUAUAGCUAAAUCCUGAGUAUAGCCAAAAUAUAGUAAAUACAUGUAUGGUUGUCCAGCCAGUCUCUAACAGGCCUCUCCUUCAUAAUUGGAGACCAUAAUGAAAUACUUGGUACUUCCAAAGUCAUUGGCUUAGGGGUGUGCUUUCAAGCAGCUUAGACUAAGCUGAAUGACCUUGUUGAACCAUCAGUGUACUCAGACACAAGCCAUUGAGUAGCAACACUUGGGUCAGCUGAAGGAAAUACAUGCACAAGGUCCCAGGUCCAGUCCCCAGCAUCCCGCCCAGCAAGGAAAUGAAAUAAGACUUUGUAAGAUUGUAAUCGAAUAAAGCAAAGUAUAGCAGAUCAAAGCAUCUGGUGUUUGUGCAUCAAGUCAGUUUUGCUAUGGUCUUUAUACUCUGACUUUUUCUCCUGGGUUGAGAGUGUAACUCAGCUCAGUACUAGAGUGAGUGGCUCUGAGUUAAAUUCCUACUAUCAGAAAACUAAAAACCAUAAAUCAAGAAGUAAUGGGGUGGACACAGUGACUACUGAUUGUAGCUGGGUUUUUUUUGUUUUUUUUUUUUGUUUUGUUUUUUUUUUUGGUUUUUCGAGACAAGGUUUCUCUGUGGUUUUGGAGCCUGUCCUGGAACUAGCUCUUGUAGACCAGGCUGGUCUCAAACUCACAGAGAUCCGCCUGCCUCUGCCCCCCAAGUGCUGGGAUUAAAGGCAUGCACCACCACCGCCCGGCUGAUUGUAGCUGAUUUAAAAGGUUUAAAGAGUCCUAUCAGACCCACAGGUUCAGGAGUUGAUCAUUGCUGUUGCUGCUUGUUAGCCCGGCAGGCGAGUUCACCCACUCAGGAUGAAAACUGCCUUGGGAGUUCUCUAUUCUUUGUUUCUAAAGAAUCAAAGGUCCAUGUUUAAAACCAACAACCAGCUAUGAUUGGUGGCUCACGGCUUUAAUCCAGUACUUGGGAGACAGAGGCAAGUAGAUUUCUGUGAGUUUAGGGUUAGUCUCAUCUACAUAGUUCUAGGAGAGCCAGGGCUAUGCAGGGAGACCUUGUGUCAAAACAAAAACUGCAUCAAUCAUAAAAAUCCAGUUAAUGGGGCUGGAGAGAUGGCUCAGUGGUUAAGAGCAUUGCCUGCUCUUCCAAAGGUCCUGAGUUCAAUUCCCGGCAACCACAUGGUGGCUCACAACCAUCUGUAAUGAGGUCUGGUGCCCUAUUCUGGCCUACAGACAUACACACACAGACAGAAUAUUGUAUACAUAAUAAAUAAAUAUUUUAAAAAAAUCCAGUUAAUGAUGUUUCUCUUACAAAUGAGUCCUUUUAUGCUGGGCUGUUGUCUUCCUAUUCAAUUUUUAUAUUUUUUACUUGUUUUUUUUUUCUUUGUUCUGUUUUAUGUAACCAGAACUAGUUUAGAACCAUCCUGCCUGUGAGCCCCAAACACACCACCUUACCACCUUCCUGACUGUUAAUCACUUCAGCAUGACUGUUGAGAUAACACUGGUCUGUCUUUGAUGCUCUUCAACCAUACUUCCCCCCACCUUUGGUAUAUGUUACUGAACACAUUAAAUAUACAAAAUUGGAGUGACUUAGUGAACAGUAAGUUUGGCUUAGUUUUUGGUUUUGCUUAAUUUUUUUAUUUGAAACAGGAUCUUACAUACCCCAAGCUGGUCUCAAACACACUGUGUAUCUAAGGAUGACUUUGAAUGCCGCCUCCCCAUGCUAAGUGUUGAGAUUACAGGCAUGAACCACCACCCCCAGCUAUUUUUGCCUCUUUUUAAAAAAUGAUUUUAUGUGCGUUGGUGUUUUCCCCGCAUGUAUGUCUGUGUGACGGUGUCAGAUCCUCUGGAACUGGAGUUACAGACAGCUGUGAGCUGCCUUCUGGGAAUUUAACCUGGCUUCUCUGGAAGAGCAGUCUGUGCUCUUAACUGCUGAGCCAUCUCUCCAGGCCUUAUUUUUGCCUUUUUGAGAUAGAGUCUGGAUAUAUAUAUUUCCAGGCUGGCCCCAGCCCUCUGAGUGCUGGGAUUAUAGGAGUGUACUAAGCCAGGUUUGACGUUUUAAAAUACAUCCUCUGCCCAGAACAGUGUGUAACAGUACUCAGAGCAAAGGGGAGAAGAGGUAACAGAACAAACCAUUUUGUACAUGAUAACCUGCAACCUAUCUCCUCUCCGAUGGCAUACUUUUAUUAGUUGGUUAGUUGUGAUUUAAACAGUGUAAAUAAGUUGAAGACAGGUUAAGGCAGUGCCCUACUGUCAGCUAAUAAGGGCUCUUCUGGCUUUAUCUGCAUAUUUAUGUGAAGAGUUUGUAUGUUUGGGCUUCAAAACUGUUGAGACUGCUUCCGGAGAGGUUUGCAAACUUGCUUUCCUUAAAUCCCUUGUGACCAUUUCACAUGACUGUCUCUUGGAUAUUGGAUAUUCAGUUGUCAUCUAGUGUGUGUUAACGCGGUUUUAAUUUUCAGUGUUAAUUCAGAAAUUUCCAUUUUAGUGAUGUGUAAACCCACUAGUGAUAGGAAUAGAGUAUGUCAGAGAAUUUUGCAGUUGGGUUUUAGGUGUGUGUCAUGGCUUGCGUUACUUAGAAUUUCAUGGACUGACUUUGCAUGAUGUGGCAUACUUUGUGGUACAUGCAUUUGUUUCCAAGAGACUAUGAUGACAAUAACCUUUAAAAACAACAUUUUCUGUCUUUCCACUGCCCUACUUUUUAAAAAAAUAAAGUAUGCAAAACUCAAUUCAUAGCCAGUGGUGGUGGCUCAUGCCUUUAAUCCUAGCACUCAGGAGGCAGAAAUAGGCCAAUCUCUGAACUAGAGGCCAGCCUGGUCUACAGGCUCCAAAGCUUUGAGAAACCCUGUCUUGAGACACCCCCCCAAAAGAAAAUGUACUACUGUGCUGAGGAGAUGGCUCUCUAGGACAGCACAACCUAGCUGACAGUCAGACCUGUGGUAAGAACAUGCCAGGCAGUGUGCUAACAUAUGCUGUAACCUAACAUGCAAGUGCUAGGGCAAGAAGAUUGUGAGGUCUAUACUGUCUUCCCCUAUAUUCUCAGAUGCCAGGGAGGCUGAGGCAAGAAGGUCAUUUGAGUACUUAAAUUUGAGGACUUAAGUGAGAUAUGAGUUUAAGAUGAGCCUGGGUAACAUAAUAAGAUCCCAACCCAAAAAAAUAUAAUUGUUCCAGGACAGGCUCGAAAAGCUUCAGAGAAACCCUGUCUCAAAAAAACAAAAAACAGGGGGCUGGAGAGAUGGCUCAGAGGUUAAGAGCACUGACUGUUCUUCCAGAAGUCCUGAGUUCAAUUCCCAGCAACCACAUGGUGGCUCACAGCCAUCUGUAAUGAGAUCUGGUGUCCUCUUCUGGUCUGCAGGGACACAUGCAAGCAGAAUGCUGUAUACAUAAUUAAAUAAAUCUUUAAAAAAAAACAAAACAAAAAACAACACACACACACAUAUAAUUGGUAGUUGGGUGUGGUAGUGCAUGACUUUAAUCCCAGCGCUUGGAGACAGAUCCCUGAGUUUGAGCUUAGCCUGGUCUGCAGAGUGAGUUCCAGGACAGCCAGCCUACACAGAGAAACUCUGUCGUGAAAAACCAGUUAUACAUAUUUUUUUCAAGAUUUAUCAAAAUUAUUUUGUGGCAGAUCAUAAAUCUAUUUCAUUAAUGGUAAAGACUUGAUUUUGAGCUUACUUUAUGGAAAUCUUUGAGUUCUUUUAAGGAUUUUGUUUGUUGUUGGGUUUUUUUUUUUUUUGGCAGGGGAGGGUUGUUUGCUUUUUAGAUAGGGUUUCUCUCCUGGAACUCAUUUUGGAGACCAGGCUGGCUUUGAACUCACAGAGAUCUGCCUAGCUCUGCCUUUGUUUUUUUUUUUUUUUUUUAGUCAAAAGUCUUGAUAUGUUGCCCUGGCUCUGUAGAGCAGCAGGCUGACCUGGAUUUGUCACAGAGAUCCACCUGCCUCUGCCUUCCAAAUACUGAGAUUAAAGGUGUGCACCAUUACACUGGACUCUUUUAAUCUUAUUUUAAUCAACUUUGAAGCAAGAAGUUUUUUAAGUAAUGAAAGUUGAGACACUUUUCAUAAAAGGAAAUCUUUGGGAACAUUUUUUCCUCUUAAAGAAUGUUAUGUCAAGAUUUCUCAGAUAGUCUGCAGAAACAUCUUUUUUCAGUCACCGACUUGUGUGGGCCAGUGAGAUGGCUUAAUGAGUAAAGGCACUUGCUGCUUGCUGCCAAGGCUGAGCUCCGUUCCCUGUGGUCGAAGGAGCCAACUGACUCCCACAAGUUGUCCUCUGACCCCAUGUAUGUAUUAUGUACACACUCAUGCCCACAUUAAAUAGAGAAGUAUAACAAAAUUAAUCACCAACUUUUAAUGUCCACACUGAGGAGACAAAGCAGAAGGGUCUUGAAUUGGAGGCCAGCUUGAGCUGCUAAGUGAGUCCAGGCCAUCUUGGGCUAUAUAGAAAAACCUUGUUUGCAAAGUUUAAAAUAAGUGAUUAAUGACAAAAUAAAAUCUUUGAUUCUGCAGGAUUCCUCUGUCAAAUUCUAAACUUGUGCAUAUGAAAAGCUGUCUUUUCUUUGAACUCCUAUGUGUUUAACUCUUCAAGGAACAGAAACCCAUCAGGAAGUUGAAUGUGUGUAUCUCAGACAACAAUCCUGGAUUGUUUGGGCUAAAGGUAUUCUGGUUAUGGCCUGGUGAGCAAGAGUAUUCUACACAUGAAUCAUGCUGUAUAUUCAAAUGGAACAGUACUUAACUAUUAAUGUAUGUACAAAUUGGGAUUUUUUUGCUUAAAUAAAUGUUACAAAUUUUA